AGUCCCAUAAAUUCAUAUGGAAUAUAACGAUGAAAAUAUACACAUUCAAUUCGAUACUUACUUAAAGUACUAUUCAAUGUUAUUUAUAUCGUGAUAGAUACUUUUAACAAAGUAUUAAGUACAGUUUUGUGCGACAUUUUGUUGAAAAAAAAACAUUGACAUUUCAAAGCACAUUUUCGAAUAGAAUUACUUUUAUGCAACAUUAUCCGCGGAGUUUUUCAUAUUCAUUUAUAAUACGUGCAAAAACAAAGAAGAAUAAUGGGAGAAGAUUACUUAAGUCAACCAAUUAAUAUCGGUUCCGGUGAUGACAACACUUUACAUUCACAAUCGAAUCGACAACAAAAAUCAACAUUUACAUCAUUUUCCCCAUAUUUGAAUUAUGAUCCUCGCAUAUUGCAACAAUCGCAACCGGAAUUCAUAUUUCCUGAAGGUGCCUCCAAAAACCGUGGGCGCUUUGAAUUUGCUUUUUCAGAGAUUGGCUCAGCAGUGAUAAUUGGUGCUGGCUUGGGAGGUUCAGUCGGACUCUAUAAUGGCAUUGUGGCAACAAAUCUAUCCAAACAAACAGGAAAACUUCGUCGAACUCAACUUUUGAAUCAUGUCAUGAAGCAAGGUUCAGCGACUGCAAACACGUUGGGAUCAAUAACAGUUAUUUAUUCAGCAUUUGGUGUUUUACUUCAGUAUAUGCGUGGCAAAGAUGACGGAACAAAUACGAUGUUAGCAGGCGUAGCAACAGGUUUAUGUUACAAAUCAACAGCCGGCUUAAAACGGUGUUGCAUUGGAGGGGGUGUAGGACUUGCUAUAUCUGGAUUAUAUUGCACAUAUAAUUAUUUCACAGCACUCAAUGAAAAGAACAAAUACCAUAGUCUUCUGUAAUUUUAGUUAAUAAGCAAAACGCAACGAAAAAAUCGUCUUGUCUUUUCUUUUCUUUAAUAGUCAAUAAAAUGCAAGCUUAGGACAAAA